AUGGACGAGAUCUGCGCAGAACUCGAACUUGAAGACAAACAAGCUGCCAGUCAACGAUUUUUGUGGUUAUAUCCCGCUGAUGUUGCCAAAGUCAGGAAAGACCAUCCAUUGCUGAGUUAUGCAAUUCUAGGAUGGAAGCACCUUGGACUUGUUUCGGACGAGGAUUCUGACGUUAUGAUCGCCCUGUCACGGCUGAACUCGGAGUUUCUUCGAAACGCCAAGAAGCAUCGCGUGCUUGCCCCAGGCAAAUACGAGUAUGAGCCUAGGUGGUUGCCUGCCGAUGUGACUUUGCCCUCACUUCUAUUCAUCCCGGUUGUACAUGGCAAGUCGUGGAUGGUCGAAUACCUCGUCAAGCAGGACCCCAUCUCCUGGACGUGGAUGUUGCCCCUGGUUGGGGUUCUCCCCUGA